AGUCCCCAUUCACGCCAUAUUUGGACUUAUCUACAUUUCCAGAUCUACUUGAAGAUUCUUUCGUUCUUUCCACAUUACUUAUAAACUUCGAAUUGGAGCUUUCUACAUUUACUACCACAGGGAAAUAUGCACAGAUCUGCCUUUUCGCAUAGUAUCAUUUGUUUCAUUUUCUGCAUUAUAUGUUCAUCGAGCGCAGAUGUUGAUACUUGCUCCGGACUAGUGCCGAUGAAGAAUCGUUACGAUAAGAUAUCGAUUACGGAUUUUGGAGGCGUAGGUGAUGGAAGAACACUGAAUACGAAAGCAUUUCGGGAGGCCAUUUUUCGGAUUCAGCAUCUGAAACGGAUAGGAGGCACGCUGCUUUAUAUACCUCCUGGUGAAUAUCUAACAGAGAGCUUCAAUUUAACAAGCCAUAUGACUCUCUAUUUGGCCAGAGGCGCUGUAAUCAAAGCAACUCAGGAUACAGCAAAUUGGCCUUUGAUUAGUCCUUUGCCUUCAUAUGGAAGGGGGAGGGAGCUUCCUGGAGGAAGAUAUAUAAGCUUCAUUCAUGGAGACAAUCUCAAUGAUGUGAUUAUUACUGGAGAAAAUGGGACGAUUGAUGGGCAGGGUAAUGUUUGGUGGAAUAUGUGGAGGCAAAGAACUCUUCAGUUUACUAGACCAAGUCUUGUCGAAUUCAUGAACUCCAAGCAUAUUCUCAUUUCCAAUGUCAUCUUCAAAAACUCCCCUUUCUGGAAUAUCCAUCCAGUUUAUUGCAGCAAUGUUGUCAUUCAAUAUGUGACAAUACUCGCGCCACGCGAUUCUCCCAAUACAGAUGGGGUUGAUCCAGAUUCAAGCUCCCAUGUAUGCAUUGAGGAUUCAUACAUCUCAACCGGAGACGACAUGGUGGCAGUUAAAAGUGGAUGGGACGAGUAUGGAAUAGCAUAUGGCCGGGCCAGCAGCGAGAUCACAAUCCGAAGGGUGUCAGGAUCUUCACCAUUUGCAGGAAUCGCAAUAGGAAGCGAAACAUCUGGCGGUGUACAAAACAUAUUAGCAGAGCACAUAAACCUUUACGACAUGGGAAUUGGCGUACAUUUGAAAACAAACAUAGGCAGAGGUGGUUACAUAAAAAACAUUAAUAUCUCAAAUGUUUACAUUGAUAAAGCCCGAACAGGUAUAAAGAUAGCCGGAGAUGUUGGAGACCAUCCCGAUGAAAAUUUCAAUCCAAACGCUCUCCCAGUAGUAAAGAAUGUAAAUAUCAGGGUUGUAUGGGGGGACAAUGUCUUGCAGCCUGGUUUGAUACGCGGGUUGAGUGGUUCGCCUUUCACCGGGAUCUGCUUAUCGAAUAUAAACCUCAAUUCUGGAACAAAGCCUCGAAAAACUGCUCCGUGGCUAUGUUCUGAUGUAAAAGGGGCUGCGGUUGGGGUUAGCCCUUGGCCGUGUGCAGAGCUGGCUAGUAGCCAUCAAACAGGUCAAUGUUCCACACCUUUUGCUUAGAAUGAAAUUUGUGUUCAAUUAUUAUGUGCAUUUUGUGUUGUCAUGUCUUGAUGUUCUCAUUUUUAAAUGUUUUUUAAUAUUGAUGUUCAAAAUGUAAUAUAAUAUAACAUAUGUCAGAUUUCAUAUUUAAUCUGCAAAGACUUGAUUUUUGUAAUUUAUUAUAAGUUAUGAUA